CUGUCAAUGAUUUCAAGGUCUUGGUGUUUGAACAUGUAGGAAAAUGGAGCUGUUUGUUGUGUUUCUGUUCCUUCUUUAUGCAUCUCGGGAGUCUUUGACUGUAAAAGUGGAGGUUUAUAAGGGAGAACAGUCUGUCGUUCUGCCCUGCCAGUACAGCCAAGUAUUAGAAGAGAUUCUCACAGUGAAAUGGAGCCGCUAUGAUCUCAAUCCCAAUACUGUACAUCAACAGCGAGAAGGAGACGACCUACAUUCACAAAAUCAACUUUUCAAAGGACGAACAUCAAUAACGCCUCAUUCUCUAGAUUCUGGCGACUUCAGCCUCACUUUGAAAAAACCCCAACUUUCUGACAGCGGGAUCUAUAUCUGCAGUAUCACUGAUGAUGAAGGAGAAAAAAAGCUAUCAGACGUGCAGCUCCAUGUCAAAGUUUUGCUCCCAGCCUCUAAGGAUGCUUUGACCGUAAAGGUGGAGGUUCAGUGGGCCCAAUUUGUUGUGCUUCCCUGUCAGUACCAUCAAGUAUUGGAAGAGAUUGUUACAGUGAAAUGGAGCCGCUAUGAUCUUAAUCCCAACACUGUCCAUCAAAGACGAGAAGGAGACGACCUACGUGGACAAAAUCAGAUUUUCAAUGGACGAACAUCAAUGAGAGCCGAUGCUCUGGCCUCUGGUGACUUCAGCCUCACUCUUAAUGAACCCCCAGUCUCCGAUAGUGGGAAUUACACCUGCACCAUCAUUAAUGAAGAAGAAGAAAUUAAGCUGUCAGAAGUUCAGCUGGAUGUCAAAGCAAUUCCAACUUGGGUUAGAGUUCUGCUGGUUCUGCUGGUUUUGCUGGUUCUUACCAUUUUUGUGAGCCUUUUUUUUAAAUUCCGACAAUAUUUAAUGUCAGAAAUUUCUACUCGGGCCAGAAUCCUCUUGGUCCUACUGGCUUUGCUGGUUCUUGUUCUUGUUUCCGGGGCCCUUUUAUUCUAUUUCCAACAUAAAUUUGAGUCAAAAAUUCCAACUUUGGCGUUAGGUGUCCUGUUUCUGCUGUUGUUUCUCACUAUCAAUGUGAGCAAUUUGUUCCAUUUUCGACAACGAUACAUAUCAAAAAUUUCAUUUUGGACCAGAAUUCUCCUGAUUGUGCGGGUUUUCCUGGUUCUGCUGGGUCCUGCUGUUUCUGUGGGCUGGUUUAUUGAUUUUAUACCAGGCAAGUCCCUUUUUAUGACAGUAUUAAUGCUAAUCUCUGGCAUGCUGAGUGUUCAAUGUUAUGACUGUAAGAAACUGAAUCCACAUCAAUAUGCUUUUGAUGUGGGUUCACAUCAAAACCCACUUUAAUAACUUAAUAUUUCUUUUUUUUAUUUCAUAGGAAUAUAUUUAACAUUUUUAGGAAUUGCUGUUGUUGUGAUGGCUGUUCUUGCUAUUUGUGCUGAAAUUGUAUUUCAUUUCAAAGACUAUUUGCUACCAGGUGAGUCUCUUCUACAGUAUAACUUUAAAUAGAGCAGUCUUCUCAGAGUCGAAAUAAAAAAAGCUCCUGCAAAAAAAGACUGUUCAACAAACAUUUUCAAAUUGUGCUUCAUUAGGCUUUAGAUCAGGCCUAAAAAAAAUCCAGCCCAGCUCAAGCACAUAGGUAUUGUGUUAAUUAAGUUACAGGCCCAAGCCAGAAGUAAUAUUUAUAAUGAACCUCUUACUGCCUUCAUUUUUAGAACACCAUUUGACAAAGCAGUGUAACUUCUCCUGUUUUUAGCUUUUAUUCAAUAAACUUUCAAAUCACACUUCACCUUCAGUCCAAAAUACCAUGAAUUCCUCUACAACUUCUUCACCUACAGUUUUCAACAUAAAUGGGACUUUUACAUGACACUUGAGGUGAUGAAUAUCUUUGCUUUUAUUUUGCCUGGCAGCGUAUGUAUCACAUUUACUGAUGGUCUGUAAACAUCCCAAGUGUAGAAAUGACAAUAUUUCACAUUUUAAAAAAUCUUAUCACUAAUCUUCUUUGCAUUUUCUUUUCAGUAACCAUUUACAAUUUCUAGCCAGUAAUUAAUUGAAUUAAUCACUUUCUCUAUGAUGCCUGACCUCAGUCAGUUUCCUGUAAAUACUGAAAUUCAAUUAACUACAUUAAUAAAGUUGGAUACUGUCAUGUCAUUUUCUCUUAGUUAUUUUUCUUCUUUUGACUCAGUCACCAGAAAAUUUGUAAGUGGGUUCUGAAAAUUCUUAUUUAUGUGUUCUGAUUUCAAAUAUUUACUUAGAGUUAGUAAAAGUAAUAAUGUCUUAGUCUACUAAAAUUAAAAACAUAUGAAGCCUUGUUUACUGAUUGGUCAAAUUGUUUUAUAUUAUUAGACAAACUUCAGGAACAUGUCAAAACAGAGUAAUGGAUGCCUUUUCUCUGCUUUUUGUUAUUAAACAUGACGUAGCUGUGAUGAACGUAACUGGUCUAUGGUGGGUCGAAUUGGAAUCAAUCCACGUGCUGCACCUGAAGUCUUAUAAAAGUCGUUAAAGGUUCAACCUGCUACUGCUUUAGCGCCAUCUACACGUGUAGUAAACUCUAGCAAGGCGCCAUCUAGCGUCCAAAACGUAUAACACCAAAAACACCUCUAGCGUCGCUUAUCAAACCAAAAGUAGUUUAUUCUCGGAAGUUCGCAACAAAUGCAGAACAAAGAUGAAUUACACAUAGACAAAAAUCAUUUUAAAAAUAACAUCCGUUAUAGAAAACCUUUUAAAUUACAUAACAGUGAUGAUUAUUAUUGAAAAAGUUGAGUUUUUAAGUGAAAAUGAGCCUUAGAAAAUCCACUACAAAUAUUUGAGGCAAAUAAUAUAUUUUUGUUUUUGUUUUCCUCAUUCAAAUGUUCAGCAAAUUCACUCUUUAGCUAACAUAUCCAGAAUGUCUUUAUCCUUUACUUGAUUUAUAAAAUGAAGAUUAUAGUUAAGAAAAUUCUGAACUUAUGAAAAAAGUCUGUCACUGAAAUGCAUCACAUCACAAUUUCACCACUCCUGGGACUAACUACAUUUCCAAACAGUCUUUUCUCCGGAAGUUGCAGUCAAUGCUCCACAACAGGCUACAACUAUUAGCUGUGCUUACUUUCUAUUAACUUCCCUGGUGUUAUGAUUUAGUGACGAUACUGUUUGCUUCAAUAAAGUUAAAAUUGAUCCAUACAUCAAUUAAUUUAGUUUUUUUCUUAUAUUUCUUUCUUUGCGCUUGAGAAAAGGUUCCUUAGAUCAGUGUUAGCCAGGAUUGUUGCCAGCCUUUUGGAUGACAAAUUACAAUUCACAUUUUGUGUCUGUUGCAAACCCCUAAAAAUAACAGAAAAGUUCUGAUUUAACAGGGGGGAAACUAACCGACAGAAUCAUAACGUUUAUUGUUUGUUUCUUUAUUUUUAAUGAGAACGAUGUAAUAGGACGAGAUGAUUAAAACGAAAAACUCUUCAGUAUGGAGAGGUUUUGCACCUAAAGAUGAACAGAUUAUAGAUUAACAGAGUAAAUCUGAACACCGUUCAGCCGAACGGUGUUCAAAUUUACUCUGAACACUGCUGUUCAGGGUAAAUCGUUUUGAAGCAGAACAGAUGUAAAGGCUGAACUGAAAGACUUUGACUUUAGUAGUCACUAUUUACUAAAGUCUGCUGCUUGCAGCAUAUUUUAUGCUGGUUUAAAAGCGAACUAUGCAUGCCACGUACAUUUCAGGGAGGACUGGUUUGACUGACAUUUCCGCAGUGGAAACUGGAUUGAGCGCAGAUUAUCACCUGCCCUGUUGGAACCUUCCUCUUGCGGUUCUUUCUUCACUCCGCGCAAAUUGUAAGCGUUUUUUUAAUUAAACAACCUUAACUUGUCUUAUAAGGCUAUUACUGUCUAAUGUAGCCAUGCAGGUGACAACAAUGAUAUUGCAAGUAGUACUACCUCUCUCUCUCUCUCUCUCUCUCUCUCUCUCUCUCUCUCUCUCUCUCUCUCUCUCUCUCUCUGUCUCUCUUUCUCUCUCUCGAUUGACAAGGUGAACAGCGUCGUUGAGAGGGGAUUUGUUUUGAGAAAAAUGCAAACUACUGUUUUCCCUGUAAUGAUAAAAAGAUCAUCCUGUCUAAUUUGCCACCUUUCAUCAGCGAUGAUGUGUUGCUGAAGGAAUUAAUGUCACGUCACGGUCAGAUCGUGUCGACAAUGAAAAUGAAAAUGCUCCCGUCGGGUUGCAAAUCAGCAAAGUUGAAACACUUUUAAAAUUUUACCCCAAAGUCUUUAUUGCUUUGUAAUUUUCUUAAGAAUGGUCCCAUUUCCAAAUAGGGUGUGAGACUGACAUGUGGUCCAUCCCCCCCUUUCUGUUUGCUGCAGUGAGGUCCUUCUCCUAAAAUCUGACACCGCUACUUUUUGUGAAGAAGGAAGUUGCGCUGGUCUUCUUCAGAGGUUUUUGUCGAUUCCCUCAGUAGUUCUUGGUGCACCUCCACAACAGGCAUUUGGGGGGAGGAGCACAGUGUGAAUGCCAACUACAGUUAUGAAAAUGAAAGAAAUGUUACAAUUUUAGUCCCCAAUCGAACCGAGUCUACUGGACUAUCCAGUGUGAAAACAACCUUAAGCUAUGGAUUUGUGAAUG